AUGGGGCCCAAGAACCUCCGUGAUCUCCGCGUCAUCGUCGUCGGUGCUGGAUUCGCCGGCCUCACCGCGGCCAUCGAAUGCCGUCUCCGGGGCAUGCACUCGAUCCUCGUCGAGUCGCACCCCACGAGCCGCGACUACGGCGACAUCCUGGACUUCUCGCCCAACGGCGGCAUGCACUUCGAGCGGUGGGCCGACGGCAAGGUCGUCCGCAAACUAAUGGAAGUCUGCCUCAACGACACGGACACACUGGACUACUACAAGUACGACGGCACGUUGCUAUUCUCCGAACCCUUCCUCUUGAAGCCCGAAGACUAUUACCGACUGCUCGCCGGCCACCGCGGCGAGAUGCACCAGAUCAUUUGCGACUACGCUGAGGAGAUCGGCGUCGAGAUGCGGUUCGGGCAAAAAGUAGUGCAGUACCUCGACUCGGACGAGAAGCUGGGCGUGCUCGUUGCGUCUGGAGAAGAGAUACUUGGUGAUGUGGUUGUUGCCGCGGACGGCCCCAAGUCGCUAGCCCGCGAACAGGUGCUCGGGCUGCCCGAGUCGAAGGUCAACUCCGGCUACGCCAUCUACCGCGCCUACUACAACCUCACCGACGAGCACCGCGAGAACCCGCUCAUGGCCCCGUUCUGCCGGAAGAGCCCGAAUGUGGCGCGGUUGUGGGUGGGGUCGCACCUGCACAUGUUCGUGUAUUCGUGGAAAGAAGGCAAGGACAUCGGCUGGGUCUUCACGCACAAGGACGACGAAGACAUCGGUGAAUCCUGGUCCUACCCCGGCAACAUCACCGACGCCCUCGCCUACCUCGACGCCGCGCACUUCGAGCCAACCUGCAAAGAAAUCGUGCGGCAGACGCCACCAGAGAAACUCGUCGACUACAAGCUGGUCUGGCGCGAUCCGCUGAAAACCUGGCUCAGCCCCUCCUUCCGCAGCUGCGUCAUCGGGGAUGCUGCGCAUUGCCACCUGCCAACGUCGGCGCAGGGCGCGUGCCAGGCCGUCGAGGACGGCGUCGUGUUAGCCGUGUGUCUUGACAAAGCGGGUGGGGACGUGCCGCUUGCGUUACGUGUGUUCGAGCGCGUGCGGUUCAAUCGGUCGCAUGUCAUCCAUAUGAGUUCGGUGUCGGUAAGGGAUGACUACCACUUCCUGGACUUCGAGUCGGAAUUGUUCAGGGAGAAUCCGGGGAUAGUAUCGGUGCCGAGGCAGGCGUGGGUGCUGGAUUUCGAUGCGAGGAAGGAUGCGGAGGAGAAUUUUGAGAGGUUGGCGGGAGAUGUGAGGAGUGGAAAGGAGGGGACGUUGGAGGAGUUGGCGUUGCCGGCGGGUGGGGAUUUUGAGUUGGAGAAUAGGGAUUAUUAUGGGCCGCAGAAGGCGAGUCUUUGA